AUGCACCCAUUGUUCGCGCUUCCGGUCUUCUCUCUCCUCAUCGCCCCAGUGUGGGCUUUCUGCGGCACCAGCGUCAAUUUGAUUUUCUUUUACAUGACAUGGGCGACCCUGGUGCUGUCGCAUACGGCUCUCCGCGUUGAGCUGGUGGGCACUGCCACCGUGCGGGUGCUGUGCUAUGCUCUUCCCUCGCUCCUGUUCUUCCUGUUCGACAUCCUGACACCCUCGGCCGCCGUGCUCCUCAAGACCCAGGGCGAAUAUGGGCUCCCCGCCGGCAACAAACGGGGCAAGAUCCGGCGCAAGGACCUCAAAGUCGCCGUGUGGGCGCUCUUCAAUCUGGUCCUGGGCGUCGCCGUCCAAGGUGCCAUUGAACAUACCCUCGCCAGCCGCUUCCGUAAGGUGAGCCUGGUGAGAGUGACGCUGAAGCUUCCUCUCCCGUGGUCUCUGGUCCUGGAAAUCUUUUGGGGACUGAUCCUUCGAGAGAUCCUCAGCUACAUUAUCCACCGCUGGGUUCUGCACACCAAGAACCCUCUCGCCCGUCUGCACGCCGCCUGGUACCACGCCCUCCGCGCCCCUUACCCGCUCACCGCACACUACGACCACCCGCUCGCCUACCUGAUCGGCCGCUGGCUGCCCACCAUCCUCCCCGUCGCCCUGUGGCGCCUGCACAUGGUCUCCUACCUGGUCUAUUUGGCCAUCGUCUCCCUCGAGGAGACCUUCGCGUAUAGCGGCUACUCCCCGAUGCCGACGGGGUUCUUCAUCGGCGGCAUGGCGCGCAACAUGGAAGCGCACCUGCACAGCCUGGGGACGGGCAACUUCGGGCCCUGGGGCAUUCUGGAUCGGGUGAUGGGCACGGCCGUCGACGACAAGUUCGUCGAGGAAGAUGGGGAGGUCGUGCCCUCGCCGCCCCGGCGGCGGCGGCUGCGGCCGAAUAGCGGGAAGGAGGAGGGCCGCGCUCAGCAUCGCCGUCGUCAACAUCCCGUUCUCCGCCAGGCGGGUAUGCUAAUGGAGGAUCUGCCGGCUUAUGCUGAUGAUCACCAGGAUGGGAAUUUUGUUGCGUUGGGAGGGGAUGAUGAUGAGGGGGUUGUGGGGGUGGGGAUGGAGCCCCCGGCGCCGCAGCUGCGUCGCGUUAAGAAUUAUUGGGCGGGCGAGCCGAAGAUUAGGCGGACUACGAGGGGGGCGAGGCGGAGGGGGAGGGAGGAGGGUGAGUCUUGA